UAUAUAUAUAUAUAUAUAUAUAUCUUCGCGAUGCAGCUUGUUACGCAACGGAUUAGAAAUGAUUAAUCGCCAUUUAUGAUCCGUUACUCGGACACACGAAAUAUACUUCGUAUUGCCAUCUCGUCAUCGUGUGGAUAUACGCUGCACGAAGCCGAAACCUAACCUAAUCCGGUACGGCGCAUCCAACUACUUCUCUGUUGUAUACAAACAUCAAUGACGGGACGGGGCUUUGCGAGCGCUUUGCAAAUAUCGACUGGCCUGUGUUAAAGCCGGUUAAUAAUUCGCUACCGGUGGCAGAUGACUGUUUAGAUGGAUAAUGAGCGAGUCCGAUGACACGGAUGUUCUGCUCCUGAUCCCGCCCGAUAUAUUCCACGUCCCGUCGUCUGAUUCCGACACCAGUUCGUGCAAUCACGGGAGAACGGAUUGUGGCAGGACCGGUAUUAUCUCGGAGUUGGUGGGGCAUAUGCAAUCGCUGGAGUCCCGAAUUUCCGCUAUCGAGUCCAGGGAGUCCAGCAGUCUGGACGUAUCCGUGCAAAACAGUUUGCUUAACGAUUCACAGCCGUCUUAUCCUUACCUCCGGCAGACCCUACCUAGAACCAGGUUCUCUGCAAGUCAGGGUGCCAGCUUGCAAAAUACCCCAGUGAAGCCGCGUAAAUCUUUGUCGGUCCCUUCCACUCCCAAUGGGUAUUCGUCGCAGCUCUGCACUAACUCCUUGAAGAAAGACCCAACGCGAUCUGCGUGCUACGUUUCGACAGCUGCUACUUCUAAUUCAACUAAUACUAACACUCUCACCUGGGCCAAGCAUGAUGCUCUAACAUCAUAUUCUGAUUCUUCUGUGAUACCUCAAACUUCCUGCGGUACUGGGCUUUUGCAUGCCACUGAUAUGUCCGCAAAAAAGGAUCCCUAUUCGUCCCUUCGACCAAAUGAUUGUUCUACAAAUAACUUGUAUUAUAAACCCUUCGCUUCUUCCUCAUAUUCAACAGUACCUCCAUCAAAUUCAUCUAAUGCAUCAUUAGGUCAACCACUGGUUACACGUUCCAGAAUAGUACAAGAGAUGGAACUAUCGGAGGUUGAUGAAUUGCUUCAAGAAAUGGAAGCCACUGAAUUAGAAUUAUCAAAGAGAAUAAAUAACACUAGCGGAUAUCAAUAUCGCAAUGAGGUAGUUCAUCCAACGUUAUCAAAUCAAACUGUUGCAACUACUGCAAGUAGUCAAGAAAAGGAAGUACAGCAUAAGCCUGGACCACAUCGAAAAUUAGAUUUUCAACCAUGGGAGAACAAAGAUACUCAACUUACUGAUACGUCAGCGUUUUCUCAAAAGAAAUCGAACAAUGCAUUCCCUGAUAUAUCAUUACCGUAUAGCGAUUCAUUCCAUCUAAAUGAAACUGAUAAAAUGAUCUCUGAAUUUAAGACAUGGGAACGAAAUGUUCAACAACCUAUUCCAAAACCAAAUGGAUAUACAAUAGGAAGUGUAAAAAAUGUAGAUCAUUCAUCUAAUGUAACGUCUGUUGCAAUUGAGAAUAUUAAAUCAAAAGAAUCAAUAUCAGAUCCACAUAUUCUAACAACAGAUGAAUCGAGUAAAAGCAAUGUUCAUAUUCAAUUAAAAUCUUCCAUUACGAAUACAGAUUCCACCUCACAUUUUAAUGAAUUAGUUAAACUUUCUGGCAUGAUGCCACAAAAAAUUGUACAAUCCAAUAAUUCAGAAUCUUUGCUAAACUUUGGUAAAACAUCAUGUUAUAAUGGAAAUUUAUAUGAUAAAGAAAAAUCUGACCUUGGAAAGAGCUCGGUACAUGUCGGAACAAAUACAGAUCUUCAUUUAAGAAAAUGUCAACGACUUUUGUCACUUUCGGAUUUUUGGGAUUCUAAUCCAACUAGAUCACAAGAAGAAAUGCUUAGGAUUAAGAUCGAAGAGGAGAAAUUCCGUAGAGAGCAUUGUGAGCAUCUAAUUCAGGAACUUCAGAAACGUUUGUUGGAACAACAGGAAAAAGUAGCAGUAGCAGUUAGAGUCGAUAAUGAGAAAAAUGUCUUGAUAUCUCAAUUCCAUACAUCUUGGUCUAAACUAAAACAACAAGUCGAAAUAUUAGAAAUUGAACAUAAAAACUCACAGACUAAUUUACAAAAUAUCACCGAAAAGCAUCAAUCUGAAAUUUCUGAACUUCAAACUCAAAUAAAGCGACUGGAAGGAGAAUUAUCGAAAGCUUUAGAUUUGGCUGCUGGAUAUAAAGAAAAGAGUGAUGCUACGGUCAAAGAGAAAAUUGAUUUACUCAAAGCCCAUGCAGAUGAAUUAGAAAGUUAUAAAUUAUUGGUCCAAGAAGCAGAAAAUAGAUAUGAACAAAUGAAGACAGAAUUUAACAAGUUAUUAGAAAAGAAUCAACAGAACGAGGAAACAUUAAGAAGUGUUCAAGUAGAAUUGAACAAAGAACGUUUAAGAGGAGGUGAGGUGCGGAGUGAAAUGGGUGUUAUUCAUAAAGCACUAGAUGCUUGCGAAGCUGAGUUGACAGUGCUCAGACAGGAAAAAGAAAAUUUGCAACUUAAGCUUAAAGAAGAGAUAAAUAGAAAUUCUAUUUUGGAACAAAAAAAUUCAUCGUUGCUUGAAUCUAUUGACGACGCUAAGAAAGCAGAAAAAUUAGCUAAAGACGAAAUCAAAUCUAUUGUAGAGCAAAAGGAAAAAAUCCGCGCAGAAUUACAAGAAGUUUAUCAGAAACAAGUUGAUGAAGUGGUAAAAACAAAAUUACAAGAAUUUCAAACACAACUUGACAAUGCCGAAUCAGAAUUUUUAGAGGAACUGAAAACAAGGCAGCAAGUUAUAGCUGAAUGCGCUGCCAGGAAAAUAAAGGAUGUUAUCGAUAAACAUCGUUUAGAGAUAAACUUGUUGGAAGAAAAACAUAAAGAGGAGAAACGAUUAUACGAAUUGCAAUUAGCUGAAGCUUUACAGAGAUCAUCUAUAUUAGAGACACACUUGAAUUCUCAGCGUGCAACUAAAUCCCAACUUGCGGAACAAUUGCAUUCCGUUAUGCAGAAGCAAUGGCAACAGGCUCUGGAUAUUAUAUCAGGCGGUAAUAUGGAUAACCUUACUCCGAUUCAACAACUUCAUGCAAAAACAUAUCUUGAUUUUAAAGGCCCUAAAAAGUCUGAAUCAAUGCCAAACUGUUACACUAAACUUUCUCAGGGAUCGAUAAAACAUAUGGCUCAACCUUCAGAGGUACAAAAUCUGAUCGGUAGACCUGAAGAUCAAAAUGAAAGCGUAAUAACAACGAAUUCUACUGAAAAUACGCCGUUGAUCACUAGAACUGCAUCUAAAGACGAUCUUCGAAAAUAUGUGAAAAUGAUUGCAGAAAUGCAUUUAGCAAAAGAAGAUAAAGAUAAAAAUCCAAAACCCAGAAGCAGCAUUUCAAGUCCGCCAUUAGAAUGUAGGGAGAUACCGCGAAAACAUUAUUUAAAAAAGGAAUUAAGUAUAAUGAGUGAGGACAGCAUUAUGUGGCAACCAGAAUCCGAGACAACACACGAUGUUAGUGAACACAUACCUCUCCCACAAAAAAUUACAAAAAUAGAUCAGCAAAGGAACAAACCUCCUUGGAAAUGA